AUGGCUGACUGGCCUCGCCAGACGUCACACUUCCACAACAACUCCUUUGCCUCAAGAAAUUAUACCACUCCCAAUUCGCAACAACAAUCUCAGCAGGACCAGUCGCCGAUAAUCUCACCUCGUCUUGGGCCAACAAUCCAUGUCAGCGAUAUGAGUAACAUUAGUGAUGAUAAUGAUACCAGAGGAGGACCUUCCAAUCGUGUACAAUUUACGCUUGGUCCUGAAGGGUCUGACUCGAGUGUGGAAGACAUUCCCCUUCGAGAUGAUACAGACGAUUACUUUUUCCCCGAGCCUCAGGUUCCUCCAUUCGUUCAUCGGCCUUCUCCCCCUACCUUUAAAUCUUCCGAUUUCAUUCCCAUAUAUGCCAACCAAGGCCCACUAUCCGAACGGUCCUCUCCAGUAACAACACCUAUCGAAUCCCCUAUUGGCAGCCCUGGGGAUACAUCAGCCACAAUACCAACUCUCCGAUCAUCGCCCAAGGCAGCGGACGACUCAUCCAAGAUAAAAAAUAGGGCAAUUCAGACAGCAUAUGAGAAGGCACAAAAUCUAGCUUCGCAGGUUCGAAGGACAUCGUUUUUUCAUCGUCGUCGGAAAUCGGACGAGGAGUCAUUAUCAGAGGAUCCAGCUCUACCCUGUCAUGAAGGACGGCAUGUGUCGAUGUCCAUCAGAAGAUCGAGGUCAGGGUCCAAUGCAACAUAUGAUCAUGAGAAAGACCGAACACGGCGAUUCACGCUUCGUGCCGAGGAAGCCAACGAUAUUGUGAAUAACAUUCGUGCCAAAGUAGAACCUAAUAGUAGGCGGCACUAUUCUAUCGAUACACUGUCGAGUGGUGCAGAAUCACCACCUCCUGUUCAGCAUGGACGGAGUAUCUUGACGGAUAUUCUUCGAUUAGGCCAACUUCGGGAGUCUGGAGAAAACCGUACUCCCCAACAGCAUAUGCCAACACCGCAAGGCAAUACCCCUCCCCUGCUGACACCCCUUAGCGGUCUGGGUUCUGGAAAAACAUCGCCGGGGCGAACCACUCCACGCCCUAAAUGGUAUGAAAAGAAUAAGAAUCCUUCUGCCCUAUCACUUCACACUCUUGGGUCGGAAGCUACAUUGGCUGGAGGCUCGGGGCCUGGAUCUGCAGGACGGCCAGAACUUAAACGAUCUCGAAGCAGCGGUUUAAUGUUUAAUGCAGUCAAGAAAAUCCGCAACAAGCCUCGUCUAGAGGAUGAGAUCCGCCUUACAGUACACAUUGCAGAAACAAUCUCUCGACAGAAAUACCUGGAGAAGCUGUGUGAGGCUUUGAUGGCCUAUGGAGCACCGACACAUCGACUGGAGGAGUCCUUGCGAAUGACGUCUCGUGUGCUAGAGCUCGAUGCCCAGUUCCUAUAUCUCCCUGGCUGCAUGUUUGUGUCAUUCAAUGAUUCAUCUACACACACUACCAGCUUGAAGCUACAGCGUUGCGAGCAAGGUGUGGAUCUAGGGAAGUUGCAGGACGUUCAUCAGAUAUAUAAGGAUGUGGUUCAUGAUAUGAUUGGCGUUGAGGAAGCCAUGCAGCUUCUGGAUGAGGUCAAGGCCGAGAAGCCAAGAUAUAACGUGCUGAUGUUGAUACUCUUAUUCGGGCUUGCCAGCGCUGCUGUUGGCCCUUUUGCCUUCACCGGCCGUGUGAUCGAUCUCCCCAUAUCCUUUGCCCUCGGCUGUAUACUCGGCGCGCUCAAAUACAUUGCUGUCCCACGCUCACGGUUGUACGCCAACAUCUUCGAGCUCACUGCUGCCUUACUCCUCUCAUUCCUCUCUCGGGCGUUCGGCAGUAUCCGUUAUGGUCCAGACGACAAUCGCCUAUUCUGCUUUCCUGCUCUCGCUCAAUCCUCCAUCGCUCUCAUCCUACCAGGCUUUAUGGUUUUGUGCAGUAGUCUCGAGCUACAAUCGCAAAACAUCCUUGCAGGUUCAGUCCGUCUCGUCUAUGCAAUCAUAUACUCUCUAGUCUUGGGUUUUGGGAUGAUGCUCGGCACCACCUUCUACGGCAAAAUAGAUCACAAUGCCAGUUCUGCGUACGUGUGUCCUAACAGUUCCGGCCGAAAUGAAUAUGCACACAACUUCCCAGCCGUUAUUGCAUUUACCAUCUGCCUCACGCUUAUCAACCAGGCGAAAUGGAAACAGGUGCCAAUCAUGGCCCUCUUCUCGUUUGUCGGGUACUUGGUGAACUUCUUCACAAGCAAAGCGUUCCCACAUAACCUACAAAUAGCGAACUGUAUGGGCGCCUUUGCUAUCGGGAUCAUGGGAAAUCUGUACAGUCGGCUUGGCCACGGUUUGGCUGCCGCCGCCAUGUUACCUGGUAUAUUGGUGCAGGUACCUUCUGGACUAGCAGCGAGCGGAUCUCUAGUCUCCGGUCUUGCGUUUGCAAAUCAGGCAAGCUCAGGCAGCAACACAGCCGUUAACGAAACGAUGAGCACUGCGACCUCAACGAUAGCAAGCGCCACUACGGCGGCAACGACAGCAAUAGCGUCUGCGCUCGCUGGCCAUCCCGGGAGCCCUGGCAACACGGGUGACGCAGCUUUCCAGGACCUGGCAGCGCGAAUUGGAUCGAGCAAAGUAUACGGCGACGUUGUUUUCGAUUUGGCGUAUGCGAUGAUUCAAGUUAGCAUUUCUACCACGGUGGGGUUGUUUCUUGCAGCGUUAAUUAUCUACCCUGAAGGCAAAAGGAGGAGCGAACUGUUUAGCUUUUGA